CGGUCUCCUCGGCCUGGGUCCCUGAGUGGCGGCGGAAUGGAGGAGAAGGUGGACUCCAGCACCGCUCCAGACGGCUCCUGCGUGGUGUCGGCACAGGAGACCGAAAAGUGGAUGGAGGAGGCGAUGCGAAUGGCCAAGGACGCACUUGAAAACACUGAAGUUCCUGUUGGCUGUCUGAUGGUCUAUAACGAUGAGGUUGUGGGGAAAGGAAGAAAUGAAGUCAAUCAGACAAAAAAUGCUACUCGGCAUGCUGAAAUGGUGGCCAUUGAUCAGGUCCUAGACUGGUGCCGUCGACACAGCCGGAGUCCUGCUGAAGUGUUUGAGCACACCGUGCUGUACGUCACCGUGGAGCCAUGCAUCAUGUGCGCAGCUGCCGUCCGCCUCAUGAAAAUCCCACUGGUCGUCUAUGGCUGUCAGAAUGAACGGUUUGGUGGUUGUGGUUCCGUCCUAAACAUUGCCUCUGCUGACCUACCCAGUACCGGGAGACCGUUCCAGUGCAUCCCGGGAUAUCGUGCUGAGGAGGCUGUGGAGCUCCUAAAGACCUUCUACAAACAAGAAAACCCAAAUGCACCCAAAUCAAAAGUUCGGAAAAAGGAUUGUCAGAAAUCCUGAUGUUCUGAUGAAAGACUGGUGCCCUUUGGAGACCUGGACAGAAUUCCCGACUGAGAGCCGUUGGUGUUGCUGGUCAUGCUUAUAUGUUGUUGUUACUGUGUGGGAAAAUGGUGUCUCUCGUCAUGUCAUUUGCUCUGUUAAGGGAACAAAUGAGCCCUUUUUAAAGUCUGACAAAUGUAAACAGCUAUUAGCUCUUCCUGAGCUGAAAGAGUGUCUCAGGGAGGGGGAGGAUUAAGAUUUGAAGUCACAGAGAUCCCUAAGCAGUGCCCGCCCUUCAGCUACAGUUUUCGUCCUGGUCUUUAAGAAGCUGUUCGAGAUCAGGGCAGGAGAAGGCUGAGUGACAAACUGCUUGCUGUGCAAGCAAGAGGCCUCCACCCCCAGCACCCACAAAUGCCAGGCGGGCUUGGUGGCCCUACCUGCAGUUCCAGUGCUUAGAAGGCAGAGUUGGUUUCCAAGAUCCCAAUGCACGCAAGUUAGGUCAGCCCUUCUUGGUGAGCUCUGUGUUCAAAUGAGAGAUCCUGCCUCAGUGAGGAAAGUGAAGAGUGAUCUAGGAGGCCCCCAGGAUUCAACCCUAGACCUCACACACACACACACACACACACACACACACACACACACACACACACACACACGUGCAUGCACACACACGUGCAUACACAAGAUGCACAUACUUACAUCGACACCAUACACAUACACAAGCAAGCAAAAAGAAAAAGGAAGAAAGGAAAAAGAAAAGAGUCUUUGGAAGCUUGAUCAAAGGAAGUAGAAGGAGGAAAGCCAGCCUUGGGCUUUUACUGAGUGUGUGCAAACCCAGUCCUGCACAUGGCUCCACCAGGCCUUGGGGACCUGGGCUCAUGCUAGUUUGUAGUGUGGCUUUAUGUAUAUGUCAGGGAUUCGUGCAUGGGUGUGGAGGCAAAGGACAAUCUCAGGUGCCUUUCCUUAGAGGUAGCCCCGCCCCUCCUCUUCCUACUGUGGUUUUUGGUUUGGUUGGUUUGUUUUCUUUUUUUAGGCUAGGUUUCUUACUGGCCUGAAUUUUAUCAUUUAACCAGGCCGGCUGGCCAGGAAUGCCCAGGGUGUCACCUGUGUCCUCUAGGGCAGGAAUUACAGGGAUGCACCUUCCCUCCUUCCCUUCCUCCCUGCCCUCACCUUCCCUCCCUCCCUUCCUCCCUGGCUCCCACCUCCCCUCCCUCCCUUCUUUCUUGCUUGUUUUUAAAUGUGAGUUUCAGAGAUUGAACUCAGGUCCUUCUGCCACUAAACUGACUGAUAAUCUUCUCUCCAACCCUAGAACAUUUUUAAAAAGUAUUUAGGUAAAAUGGUUGCUUUUAAAGUAAGUGCUUAAGGGUCAUUUUAAAAUCAUAGCAUAUUGCUACAAUAAAAUUGUGUCCCUGCCUUCUUUGAAGAGGAGCAGUGUUAACUCAUGGGUGCUAGAGAGAUGGUUCAGGGGUUAAGGAUAUAUACUGUUCUUUCAGAGGAUACAAGUCUGGUUCCAGCACCUACACGGCAGCUCACACGGCCUGUAAUUCUAGUUCCAGGAACUCGAAUACCCUCUUCUGGACUCCAUGGGCACCUACACUUACAUGCGCACACACUCCCACAAUUUACACAGACACACGCACAAUUAAAAAAUGUUUUACAGAUAAAACUGAAAGUGUAGUUCCUUAUAAUAGAGCAACUAUUGUGUUAAGGGCCAUCUCUUCCUAGAACAAAACACAUUAUACUUCAAAACAAAAGACCUUGUAUUCUCAUGAGAGAUGAGUGAAAAAUUAUGUGACUUGCUGGAGAAUGCCAGGUGCUGCCAGGCACAAUGGUACACACUGUAACGCCAGCACUGGGGAGGUAAAGCAAGAGGAUUGUGACUUCAACCCCCCUCCCCAAAUUACAGCCAGAUGAUACCUGGGAUAAGAAUGUAGGAAUGAUGGUUACGGGGUGAAUAAAAUGAUUAAUGUAA